UCAUGUCACGGUCCUGGUUAUGCAACGCCUCUGGAUGCUAUGAAAGGUCCCAGAGAGAAACUGAUCUACGUAACGUGCAUCUUAACCGGCACUGGCACUCGGGCACCUGACUUCUUGGCCACCGUGGAUGUGGACCCGGAAUCUGCAUCUUACUGCCAGGUGAUCCAUCGCCUGCCCAUGCCCUACAUUGACGAUGAGCUCCACCACACGGGCUGGAACACCUGCAGCAGCUGCUUCGGAGACACCACCAAGAAGCGGAACCGGCUGAUCCUCCCCUGCCUGGGCUCUUCCCGGAUCUAUGUGGUGGACACCGGGACUGACCCGCGGGCCCCGAGGAUGUAUAAAGUUAUCGAACCAAGAGAGGUCUUCCAGAAAUGUGACCUGGCUUUCCUCCAGACAUCACACUGUCUGGGCAGCGGAGAGAUCAUGAUCAGUACUCUGGGGGACCCCCUCGGCAAUGGAAAAGGUGGAUUCGUCCUGCUGGAUGGCAAAACCUUUGACGUGAAGGGGACGUGGGAGAGACCGGGGGACGAGCCCCCACAAGGCUACGAUUUCUGGUACCAGCCGAGACACAACGUGAUGAUCAGCACCGAGUGGGGCGUGCCGAAAUACCUGAUCGACGGCUUUAACCCGGCCGAUCUGAGGAAAGGGCGCUACGGCCGCAGCUUGAACGUCUGGGACUGGACGACCCACUGCCUCGUCCAGUCCAUCGAUGUAGGGGAGGAUUCUGCCCCAUUGCCGAUCCGGUUCCUGCACAACCCCAACUCUGCCCACGGCAUGGUGGGCUGCAUUCUGCAAAGCUCUAUCUAUCACUUCUUCAAGACUGAGGAUGGGUGUUGGGCAGCAGAGAAAGUGAUCCAGAUUCCAAACAAGAAAGUCUCGGGAUGGUACUUCUCCGAAAUGCCAGGGUUCAUCACUGACAUUCUCAUUUCCUUGGACGACCGCUAUUUAUACAUUGGCAACUGGCUUCAUGGUGACAUCCGACAAUACGACAUCACUAACCCUCACCGUCCUAGACUGGUCGGCCAAGUGUUUGUGGGGGGCAGCAUCGUAAAAGGCGGGCCGGUCACAGUCCUUGAGGAUGAAGAGCUGGACUGCCAACCCGAUCCUGUUGUGAUCCAGGGAAGGAGGGUCUAUGGGGGACCGCAUAUGCUUCAGCUCAGCUUGGACGGCAAGAGGCUCUACACCACCAGCUCUUUUUAUACGCCUUGGGACAAGGAGUUUUAUCCCCAGAUGGUCAGGGAAGGCUCUGUCAUGCUGCAGAUCGAUGUGGACACUGAGAACGGCGGGUUGUGCGUGAACCCAGACUUGCUGGUGGAUUUCGGGAAGGAGCCGUGUGGGCCUGCUCGGGCGCAUGAGAUGCGCUUCCCGGGAGGAGACUGCACCUCAGACAUCUGGAUCUAGCUGGGGCACACUCACUCGUUACUCCCCUGCGG